AUGAAAGACGUGUCCUUAAGUGAAGAUGACUCAAAUUUGUUGGUGAUUAUCAUUGAUACAAAUCCAUUUGCUUGGGAAGACUCGUCCAAUGCCCAAGUGCCACUGACGCUAGACAAUGCAUUGAGCCAAGUGCUGGUUUUUAUCAAUGCACACUUAGCACUGAAAUACAACAACAAAGUAGUAGUGAUAGCAAGCCAUGUUGGACAAAGUAAAAUCCUGUAUCCACUAGCAGACAAUGAAGAAGCCACCACAAGCAACAAUGGCAACCGACGCAAUGCCAACAUGUAUCCCCACUUUCAGAUUGUCACAGACCAGAUUGUAUCCAACCUGCAGAAACUACUGUCGAGCACAGAUGCCAGUUUUCUGAACAAGGACAUGGGCGCUUCACCUACCAUCACCGGUGCUCUGUCAAUGGCAUUAUGCUACAUCAAUCGUGUCACAAAGUUAGAUGACGAGGGCCACAUCAAGCCGAGAAUAUUAGUCUUAUCAGUAUCUCCAGAUUCAGCGUAUCAAUAUAUCCCACUGAUGAACUGCAUUUUCUCGGCACAAAAGGCCAGCAUUCCCUUGGAUGUAUGCAAGGUUUUUGGAGAGGAAACAGCCUUUUUACAGCAGGCGUCCAACAUUACAGGAGGUGUUUAUGUCAAAAUGGAAAAUCGACAGGCAUUACUAGAGUAUUUGAUGAUGGCAUUUUUACCUGACAGGUAUUCUCGCAACUAUCUCAACUUGCCUAGCCAAGACCAAGUGGAUUUUCGAGCUGCGUGCUUUUGUCACAAGAAGAUUGUGGACAUUGGAUUUGUCUGCUCUGUGUGUUUAUCAAUUUUUUGUAAAUGGUCUCCUGUGUGCUCUACUUGCAAAACCAAAUUUGCGUUUAGACCAAUGGCACCACCUUCCUCCUCUUCAAAUCCAUCGAGUAAAUUAAAAAAGAACUAG